AUUAAAAGGGUUGCACUUCUUAUUUUCAUCUGCCAAGCAUCCCCGCACUGCCCCGGUUCAUGUUCCUCCUGUCAAACCCCCCGGUUUCCUUUGAUCGGAGGUGACGAUAUUUGUCCUCAGUAGUCUGAUAGUCUCUCCACUCACAAGUGGUGAACCUAUGAAACCUUAGAACCUCUUCAGUAUUCUGCUGCAAAUACCAUAUUCAGACGUCUCUUGCCGAAGAUUACAGUUUACAAUCAUGGUGCUCCAACUUCCUCGACUCACCAACUCCCUCAGAGACCCUUUCGAUAUUGACCGUGCUUAUCUUCAUCGCAAAACUAUCCUUCUAAACCUCAAUCCUCCUAGCAAGCCCAAUUCUCUCGAUGAAUCAGAAUUAGCGAGGAAGAUUGUGUAUAAUUGGGAAGAAGCUUCUCCUGAAGUGCGACAAACAUACAAACUGUUUAUCGGUGCGAUUUUUGAGUUGAUUAAUGGAGAGGUUGUGUCUGAGGAGUUUCAUGAAGUGGCGCUGACUGCGUAUCGACUCUUUAGUGAUCAAGGAGUGGAGCAAGAUAGCAGAAGGAUUACUGAGAAGAAGUCAGAUUUACAAAAACUGCUGGGUCGUGCUGUUUCAGAUGGUAGCCUUCAGAAAGUUGUGCAGUUGGCUCAGAGAUUGGGUAGUUUGCAACCUAGAAUUAACACAACACAAAAUUUUGAUGAAAAUCUGAAUGAUCAUGAUGUUGAAUUUGGAUUUAACCUUGAUUUUAAACCUCCUUCACGGUUUUUAUUGGAAAUUCCUUUGGAAGAGGAGGUUUUGGAGAUGGAGAAUUUGGUUCCAUCAACUUCAAUUUACAAUGAUUGGUCUUCAGCUGAUACAAUUGACAAUAGUUUUGCCAAUGGUGGAAUCAGGUAUGAUUUAAAAUGGUUAAAAGAGUCCUGUGAUCUAAUAGUGCGUGGAAGUGGUUCGGAACUUUCCCGAGAUGAACUGGCCAUGACCAUUUGCUGGAUUCUUGAUUCUGACAAACCUGGGGAAGAGAUUGCGGGUGAUUUACUGGAUCUUGUGGGGGAUGGUGCUUUUGAAACUGUGCAGGAGCUUAUCUUGCACAGGAAGCAGCUCGUUGAAGCAAUUCAUCAUGGCUUGCUUGUAUUACGAUCGGAUAAAUCAUCUUCAAAUGCUCAACCUCGCAUGCCCAGUUAUGGCACACAGGUCACUGUGCAAACCGAGUCUGAGAAGCAAAUUGAUAAACUUAGGCGCAAAGAGGAAAAACGCCACAAACGCGGUGUAGAUCAUGGGAUUGAAGAUGACUUUUCUUGUACAAGCUUUUCUUCCUUACUUGAAGCAAGUGAGAGGAAGAAUCUUUUCGAUGAUGUGAUUGGAACUGGACCAGGGCCUCAGUCAUUGACAAUUUCCGCACUACCACAAGGAACUGUAAGAAAGCAUUUUAAAGGCUAUGAAGAAGUUAUAAUUCCUCCAAUACCAACAGCUCCAAUGAAACCUGGUGAAAAACUGAUAGAGAUAAAAGAAUUAGAUGAUUUUGCUCAAGCUGCUUUUCAUGGGUACAAAUCCCUCAACCGUAUCCAGAGUAGGAUCUUUCAGACAGUUUACCACACUAAUGAGAAUAUAUUAGUUUGCGCACCAACUGGAGCUGGUAAAACAAAUAUAGCUAUGAUUUCUAUUCUGCAUGAGAUUGGACAACAUUUCAAGGAUGGUUACCUGCACAAAAAUGAGUUUAAAAUUGUUUAUGUUGCUCCAAUGAAGGCAUUAGCUGCUGAAGUCACAGCGACGUUUAGUCAUCGGUUAGCUCCAUUGAAUAUGACCGUAAAAGAGCUAACAGGAGAUAUGCAACUUUCUAAGAAUGAACUUGAAGUAACUCAGAUGAUAGUGACUACACCUGAAAAAUGGGAUGUCAUCACACGCAAGAGUAGUGACAUGUCACUUUCGAUGCUCGUUAAACUGUUAAUAAUUGAUGAAGUGCACCUUUUGAAUGAUGAUAGAGGUCCUGUCAUAGAAGCAUUAGUUGCUCGUACUCUUCGUCAAGUUGAGUCAUCUCAAUCCAUGAUCCGCAUUGUAGGUCUAUCAGCUACAUUGCCAAAUUAUUUGGAGGUGGCACAAUUUUUGAGGGUGAAUCCAGAAUCCGGGCUCUUUUUCUUUGAUUCUAGCUAUCGUCCUGUCCCUCUUGCACAACAGUACAUUGGUAUUAGUGAGAAAAACUUUUUGGCCCGUACUGAGUUGCUGAACAAGAUUUGCUACUACAAGGUAGUUGAUUCCUUGAGGCAAGGUCACCAAGUAAUGGUAUUUGUUCAUUCACGCAAAGAUACUGGGAAAACUGCAGAUAGACUGGUUGAGCUUGCCCGAGAGGACAACAGUUUGGAGCUUUUCCAGAAUGAGACACAUCCACAGUUUCAAUUGAUAAGGAAGGAGGUCAUGAAGUCUAGAAACAAAGAAUUAGUUGGACUCUUUGAUUACGGUUUUGGUAUUCAUCAUGCUGGAAUGUUACGUUCUGAUAGGGGUCUUACUGAACGACUUUUCUCUGACGGAUUGCUGAAGGUGCUUGUUUGCACGGCAACUUUGGCAUGGGGAGUUAACUUACCUGCUCAUACUGUUGUAAUCAAGGGUACACAGAUAUACGAUCCUAAGGCUGGUGGUUGGCGGGAUUUGGGCAUGCUUGACGUUAUGCAGAUCUUUGGACGUGCUGGGAGACCUCAGUUUGACAAGAGUGGUGAGGGCAUUAUCAUCACAUCUCAUGACAAAUUAGCUCAUUACCUACGGCUUCUUACCAGCCAACUUCCUAUUGAAAGUCAGUUCAUCAGCUCCUUGAAAGAUAAUCUGAAUGCUGAGGUCGCACUGGGUACUGUCACAAAUGUGAAAGAAGCUUGUGCUUGGCUUGGUUAUACCUAUCUAUUUAUCAGGAUGAAGAUGAACCCCUUGGCAUAUGGAAUUGGAUGGGAGGAGGUGGUUGCGGAUCCUUCUUUGGGUUUAAAACAAAGAUCUUUUAUAACUGAUGCUGCUUGUGCCCUUGAUAAAGCAAAGAUGAUGCGUUUUGAUGAGAAAAGUGGAAACUUCUACUGUACGGAGCUAGGUCGUAUUGCAAGCCAUUUUUAUAUACAAUAUUCUAGUGUGGAAACUUACAACGAAAUGUUAAGGCGACAUAUGAGUGAUAGUGAGGUUAUUAACAUGGUUGCACAUUCUUCUGAGUUCGAAAAUAUUGUUGUUAGAGAAGAGGAGCAAAUGGAAUUGGAAGCUUUGGCACGUGAAUGCCCUCUUGAAAUCAAAGGUGGUCCCUCCAGUAAACACGGGAAAAUUUCUAUUCUCAUUCAGCUAUACAUAUCACGAGGAUCUAUAGAGGGGUUUUCAUUGAUAUCUGAUGCUGCUUAUAUUAGUGCAAGUUUGGCCCGUAUCAUGCGUGCUCUGUUUGAGAUUUGUCUGCGGAGAGGAUGGUCAGAGAUGUCAGCUUUUAUGUUAGAAUACUGCAAGGCUGUUGACCGACAAAUUUGGCCCCAUCAGCAUCCACUGAGACAAUUUGACAGAGAAAUCUCUUUAGAGAUUUUGAGGAAGCUGGAAGAUCGAGGGGCUGAUCUCGAUCGCCUCUAUGAUAUGGAGGAGAAAGAUAUUGGAGCUUUGAUUCGUUAUUUACCUGGAGGGAAGGUUGUGAAGCAAUAUUUGGCAUUUUUCCCAAUGGUUCAGUUGUCGGCUACUGUCAGUCCUAUAACAAGAACUGUUUUAAAGGUUGAUCUUCUUAUAACCCCGGAUUUCAUAUGGAAGGAUCGUUUCCAUGGUGCUGUUCAGCGAUGGUGGAUUCUUGUUGAGGAUUCUGAGAAUGACCACAUUUAUCACUCAGAGCUCUUCACGCUGUCAAAGCGUUCAGCAAAAGGAGAGCCCCAAAAGCUUUCUUUUACUGUGCCAAUAUUUGAGCCACAUCCGCCACAGUACUAUAUACGUGCCGUUUCUGAUUCUUGGUUGCAAUCUGAAUCCUUUUAUACUAUCUCCCUUCACAAUCUCGCAUUGCCUGAGGCUCACUCUUCUCACACUGAAUUGCUUGAUUUGAAACCUCUACCAAUAACUGCACUCGGCAACGGAACUUACGAAUCCUUGUACAACUUUUCACAUUUCAAUCCAAUUCAGACACAGGCUUUUCAUGUUCUGUAUCACACAGACAACAACGUGCUCUUAGGAGCACCUACUGGAAGUGGGAAAACUAUAUCAGCUGAGCUUGCAAUGUUCCGCCUUUUCAACACUCAGCCUGAUAUGAAGGUUAUUUACAUAGCCCCUCUGAAGGCCCUUGUCCGAGAAAGAGUGAAUGACUGGAGAAGACGGCUUGUCACUCAGCUGGGAAAAGAGAUGGUUGAAAUGACUGGGGAUUAUACUCCUGACUUUAUGGCCCUUUUGUCAGCAGAUAUCAUCAUUUCCACUCCUGAAAAGUGGGAUGGGAUCAGCCGUAACUGGCACACUCGAAGCUAUGUUAAAAAGGUUGGCCUUAUGAUUUUAGAUGAGAUUCACCUGCUCGGAGCUGAUAGAGGACCAAUUCUUGAGGUUAUUGUCUCAAGGAUGAGAUAUAUAUCAUCACAAACGGAACGUUCAGUGCGAUUUGUGGGACUGUCUACAGCUCUAGCAAAUGCAGGGGAUUUAGCUGACUGGCUGGGCGUUGGUGAAUUGGGACUCUACAAUUUCAAGCCUAGUGUGCGACCUGUACCACUUGAAGUACAUAUUCAGGGAUACCCUGGGAAGUAUUAUUGUCCAAGGAUGAAUAGCAUGAACAAACCUGCAUAUGCUGCUAUCUGUACACAUUCACCUACAAAGCCAGUUCUUAUAUUUGUUUCAUCACGUCGACAAACAAGACUAACAGCUUUGGACCUAAUUCAGUAUGCUGCAUCUGAUGAGCAUCCAAGAAAGUUCUUGAAUAUAUCAGAAGACGCACUGCAGAUGAUUCUUUCCCAGGUUACAGAUCAAAAUCUGAGGCACACCUUGCAGUUUGGAAUUGGUUUGCAUCAUGCUGGUUUAAAUGACAAGGAUCGAUCUGCAGUUGAAGAACUGUUUGGAAACAACAAGAUUCAGGUAUUAGUAUCCACGAGCACGUUGGCCUGGGGUGUGAAUCUUCCUGCUCAUCUUGUUAUUAUCAAGGGAACAGAAUAUUAUGAUGGGAAAUCAAAAAGAUAUGUUGAUUUUCCUAUAACAGAUAUCUUGCAAAUGAUGGGUCGUGCAGGUCGACCUCAAUAUGACCAGCAUGGAAAAGCAGUUAUCUUGGUUCAUGAGCCCAAAAAGAGUUUCUACAAAAAGUUCCUUUACGAGCCCUUUCCAGUUGAGAGUAGUCUCAGGGAACAAUUGCAUAAUCACUUUAAUGCAGAAAUUGUGUCAGGCACAAUUGGCCACAAGGAAGAUGCCAUCCACUACUUGACUUGGACUUAUUUGUACAGAAGACUAGUGGUUAAUCCAGCUUACUAUGGUUUGGAAGAUACCAAUCCAGCGAUUCUAAGCUCAUACAUGUCUAGGUUGGUGCAAAGCACAUUUGAAGAUUUAGAAGACAGUGGAUGCAUCAAAGUAAUUGAGGAUGCUGUAGAACCAAUGAUGUUGGGUUCAAUUGCAUCACAAUAUUACCUUAGUUAUUUGACUGUAUCAAUGUUUGGUUCAAACCUUGGACCAAACCUUUCACUUGAAGUUUUGUUGCAUAUUUUAUCUGCUGCUUCAGAAUAUGAUGAACUCCCAGUGCGGCAUAAUGAGGAAAACUACAAUGCAACAAUGACUGAGAAGGUUCCAUACAAGGUGGAUAUUAAUCGUCUUGAUGAUCCUCACAUUAAAACAAAUUUGCUUUUUCAGGCGCACUUUUCUCAGUUAGAGAUGCCAAUCAGUGACUAUGUGACAGACCUGAAGUCUGUUUUGGACCAGAGUAUACGUAUAAUCCAGGCUAUGAUAGACAUCUGCGCUAACAGUGGAUGGCUUUCUAGCACAAUUACUUGUAUGCAUCUAAUGCAGAUGGUCAUGCAGGGCUUAUGGUUUGACAAGGAUUCUGCUCUGCAAAUGUUACCAUGCUUGAACAACAAUAUAAUUGGUACACUCAGGAGGCAAGGUAUAUCAAAUGUGCAGCACUUAUUGAAUGUUCCUAGGGCAAGUUUGCAGAAUCUACUUGGAAACUUCCCUGCUUCAACUUUAUAUCAGGACUUGCAAAAAUUCCCUUGCGUACACAUCAAACUGAGACUUAAGAAAAAGGAUGAGAGUGCAAGCAGUCCUUACUCUCUUAAUGUGAGAUUGGAAAAUGCCAAUGGCAAACGGAAGACACCUAGAGCAUUUGCUCCUCGAUUUCCUAAGGUUAAAGAUGAAGCGUGGUGGCUUGUGCUCGGAAAUACUAUCACUUCUGAGUUAUAUGCAUUGAAGAGAGUUUCAUUUGCUGACCAUUUGGUUACGCACAUUGACUUACCAUCACAUUCAGUUACUAGCCAGGAUUUGAAGCUCAUCUUGGUCUCAGAUUGUUAUCUUGGUUAUGAACUAGAAUACUCCUUGGAAGAACUUCUCAAAGGUCAACUGCAAGAUUUCUAAGAAGGCUGGCUUUCAGAAAAUGUGUGCACCUUGAUUCGGUCAUCUGGUCUGAAUAACUUAUGCGCCAACUGCUUAAUGAAUUUGUAUGCAUGUUGAAGAGCUAAUCAAAGAGAAACAGAAGG